ACCCAUUCAUAUUACAACCUCAUAUCAAAAGUACACAUUCUCUUUGAGAAUUCUGGAUAUGAUCUACUGUUGAGUAGCAUUAUAUUUCGCCAUCAUCCAAGAAGACCAUCAUCAUUCGCAUGGUUUGCGCUAAACGCAUGUGGGCUUCAUAAACACAACAUUCCCUCUGACGAGGCACUCCGCAUAUCCGUCGCUACAAUAAAUCACAAAGCACAAUGUAUCGCCCAAAUACACCUCCAAACUUCGAUCCUCCAUCAUACGGUGAUGAUGAGGGAUCAACACCAACACACAUGUCGAACGAUGCGUCCGCCAUCCGCCUGUUGACAUCAAUGGACGACUCCAACUCCUCGAACGCCCGCAUGUAUGUACAGGAUCCUGAUUUACUACCCCGUCCUCUCGCGGUGCACAAGAAGUCUGUGCAGUUCUCCACGCUAGAACACAUUUCUGCCCUUCAUGGCGAAGAAGAAGCUAUCUCGAGCGGCAAGUUGCCAGCUGCGGUGACCAAGCAAGCGCCGCCGAAGCCCCCCCAAGAAGACCACUUCGUGAAUCUCCUCCCCAAACUCCCUGAUGGACCCUCGCGCAGGAAGUCGCUGCGGAGUCAAGUCAAAGCCCACUUGGCUGCUAACGGUGAGAUGAAGAAUGAAAGCUUACCUGUCAAUAGUCCCAGCACCCCGCGCAGAUCAUACCAGCCUACCGUCAUGUCGACGAGCUCGCGCUCCAAUUCCAUCGUUGAUGGAGCGCCGAUAUUACCACCGGAGAGCUCAUACGACCCAUACACCGGGAGACAGUCACCGACGCGGUCGUGGACCCCAUCUCAAACAGCGUCUGAGAGAGGUAGGCCACCAUCGAUAGCUCAAUAUGAGCCAGCGGAUGUGAAUGGCUCUCCGAGACCCGGCACUCCUUCGUCGAGAUACGGCGGCAGCCCGAGGAGACCACUCCCUCCCGCACCACUAUUCUCUGGACCGGGUGCUGGUGCGCGGAGCUCCACAUUCGCAGACGACGCGACGGUUUCGAUCGCGUUAGAAACAGAAGGAGACGACGUUUUUGCUCCGAAAAGUACUAUCGGUACUGAUCAUGUCCGGUCCCAGUCUCGCGAGUCCUACACGUCAGAGUCGACGUUCACCGAGGAGUACGACAAUGAGAAGUCCGACUUUGAGCACUACGGGCCUGCGCCAGAUGGGCGACAGGAGCGCAGAGGUGCUCGCCAGGCACAGAUGGCCAAGAAGGAGGUUCGUCUCAUUAACGGCGAGCUUAUCCUCGAAUGCAAGAUCCCCACCAUCUUGUACAGUUUCCUCCCCCGCCGCGAUGAGGUUGAGUUCACGCACAUGAGAUACACAGCCGUGACCUGCGAUCCCGAUGACUUCGUGUCCAAGGGCUACAAGCUGCGCCAGAACAUUGGCUCGACGGCCAGGGAAACAGAGCUCUUCAUCUGUAUCACCAUGUAUAACGAGGACGAGAUCAACUUCACGCGCACCAUGCACGCCGUCAUGAAGAAUAUUGCCCAUUUCUGCUCGCGCUCCAAGUCGCGCACGUGGGGCGAGAACGGGUGGCAGAAGAUUGUCGUCUGCAUCGUCUCUGAUGGUCGGCAGAAGAUCCACCCGCGCACGCUCGAUGCGCUCGCGGCGAUGGGUGUGUACCAGGACGGCAUUGCCAAGAAUCUUGUCAACCAGAAGGAGGUGCAGGCGCACGUGUACGAGUAUACCACUCAGGUGUCGCUGGACUCGGACCUGAAGUUCAAGGGCGCGGAGAAGGGAAUCGUGCCGGUGCAGAUGCUGUUCUGUCUGAAGGAGAAGAACGCGAAGAAGCUGAACUCUCAUCGCUGGUUCUUCAAUGCUUUUGGUCGCACUCUGACGCCGAAUAUCUGCAUCCUGCUUGAUGUGGGUACGAAGCCGACGGGGAAUUCUCUUUACCAUCUCUGGAAGGCCUUUGACACCGACUCCAACGUCGCAGGUGCCUGUGGAGAGAUCGUGGCGAUGAAGGGGAAGGGCUGGCUUGGGUUGUUGAACCCGCUGGUUGCGUCGCAGAAUUUUGAGUACAAGAUGUCUAAUAUCUUGGAUAAGCCGCUCGAGUCGGUGUUUGGAUACAUUACUGUCCUUCCUGGUGCUCUCAGUGCGUAUCGUUACCACGCUCUGCAGAAUGACCAUACUGGCCAUGGACCGCUAAGUCAGUACUUCAAGGGUGAAACUCUGCACGGCCAGAAUGCCGAUGUCUUCACGGCCAAUAUGUAUCUUGCUGAAGAUCGGAUUCUGUGCUGGGAGCUUGUCGCGAAACGAGAUGAGAGAUGGGUGUUGAAAUAUGUCAAGAACUGCAAGGGAGAGACUGAUGUGCCUGAUACCGUCCCCGAGUUUGUCUCCCAGCGUCGCCGUUGGCUCAAUGGAGCUUUCUUCGCUGCCGUCUACUCUCUGGUGCAUUUCAAGCAGAUCUGGAACACAGACCACACCAUCGCACGCAAGAUCCUCCUCCAUAUUGAAUUCGUGUACCAGCUGCUCAGUCUGCUCUUCACGUUCUUCUCCCUGGCGAACUUCUACCUCACGUUCUACUUUGUUGCUGGCUCGCUCGCUGAUCCCAAGGUCGAUCCGUUUGGCCACAGCAUCGGGAAAUACAUCUUCUAUAUCCUGAAAUAUGUCUGCGUGCUUCUCAUCUGCACGCAAUUCAUCCUCUCCAUGGGCAACCGGCCACAGGGCGCGAAGAAGUUGUACCUUUCUAGUAUGGUCAUCUACGCAAUCAUCAUGGUAUACACGACCUUUGCGACGAUCUACAUCGUCGUGCGGCAGUUUACCAGCAACACCAUAACUCUCGGAAACAACAUCUUCACCAACGUCGCCGUGUCCAUCGCCUCGACGCUCGGGCUGUACUUCUUCUCCUCCUUCCUAUACCUCGACCCAUGGCACAUGUUCACCUCUGCGGCGCAGUACUUCGCCCUCCUGCCCAGCUACAUCUGCACCCUCCAGAUCUACGCCUUCUGCAACACCCACGACAUCUCCUGGGGAACCAAGGGCGACAACACCGUUCGCACCGACCUCGGCACAGCCGUCUCCAAACACAAGGGCUCCACCGUCGAGCUCGACAUGCCCAGCGAGCAGCUCGACAUCGACUCCGGCUACGACGAGGCCUUGCGCAACCUCCGCGAUCGCAUCGAGGUUCCCGAGCUCGGCCCAUCCGAGGAGACCGCACAGGAGGACUACUACCGCGCUGUGCGCACGUACAUGGUCGUCUCGUGGAUGGUGGCGAAUGCCAUCCUGGCCAUGGCCGUGUCGGAGGCGUACCAGGGCAAGAACAUCGGGAGCAACUCGUACCUCAAGUUCCUGCUUUGGUCUGUGGCGGCGAUCGCGCUGUUCCGCGCGGUGGGUAGCACGACGUUCCGCAUCAUUGAGCUGGUGGGUAUGCUUAUUGACGGGAAGGCGAAGUGGGAGAGCGGGAGCUACAGGUGGGGGGGUAGCUCGGUGGGGGGGAGCACGGUGCUUAGCUCGAAGGCUAGGGGGGGUGGGUUUUGGUCGAAGUUUGGGUUUGGGAGUGUCAAGGAUAAGAUUAGUGAUAUCUCGAGUAGUAUCGGGAGCAGUGUUUCGAGGAAGUGAACGGACAGGGUUUUGGGGGGUUAAUUGGCGAUUGAUGGGGCGGUGUGGAAUUUACGGAUGGACAGGGACAGGGGAUAUUGGAUGGGUUUAUGACCUGGGAUAUGUCUGGUUUUCGGGGUUGGCUGGGGAAUUUGUGUAUUAUGGUGUAGACUGCUUUGUUAUAUCUGGUUAUGAAAUGGGUUCAACGAUAAACAGCACAGGUAUGUUUUAAGGAAGCUUGGCAAUUGCUACAUAUUAUCAACCAAGGUGGGUCAAAAGUGUGGGGUUACCGGCGAUUACAAAUUCAGAUCUUGCCGCCUCGAUCUUUGCCCUAUGGCGGCGGCGGGUAGCGGGGUAGAUGGCGGGUCAGCGCUAGCGGAGUGCUAAAGUUCUAUAUUAUGGACAGAUGUCCGCCCCAGAGUGAAGCUAGAGAUCUAUUCCUCAAGU